CGCUUGGAAAUUUUGGGAAGGGGCUUAGGGCCCGGCCCGGGCCGUUUCAAGGCUCCCUGGGGGCGGGGAGGGAGCAGAGGGCUGGGCUGGAUUCUGCGCGCUCCAGGGCUGGGGGCCCCCUUGAAACCGGCUAAUUGGGGCUGAAGGGGGCUGGAGCCGCACAAAGGAGGGAGCUCCGGGACUUGGCCGGUCUGGCUGCGCGCAGGGCGCCCGGCGGCGGUCCCGGGACGCGGCUGCGGACUCCAGCGCGAACUUUGCCGGGCCCGGGAGGGGCGGCUGCUCCGCGCGGGGCGCGUUAGCUCGGGGAAGGCGGCGGCGGCGGCACCAUGCGCCCGUCCAGCGCCCUGCACCGCCUGGCCUCGCUGCUGCUGUGGCUGAACGUGCUGGGCCCGGGCCGGGGCCGGGGCCAGUUCCACGGCGAGAAGGGCAUCUCCAUCCCGGACCACGGCUUCUGCCAGCCCAUCUCCAUCCCGCUCUGCACCGACAUCGCCUACAACCAGACCAUCAUGCCCAACCUGCUGGGCCACACCAACCAGGAGGACGCGGGGCUGGAGGUGCACCAGUUCUACCCGCUGGUGAAGGUGCAGUGCUCGCCCGAGCUCAAGUUCUUCCUGUGCUCCAUGUACGCGCCGGUGUGCACGGUGCUGGAGCAGGCCAUCCCGCCCUGCCGCUCCAUCUGCGAGCGGGCGCGCCAGGGCUGCGAGGCGCUCAUGAACAAGUUCGGCUUCCAGUGGCCCGAGCGCCUGCGCUGCGAGAACUUCCCCCGCCACGGCGCCGAGCAGAUCUGCGUGGGGCAGAACCACUCGGAGGACGGCGGCUCCCCGGCGCUGCUCACCAGCCCCGCGCCGCUGCCCGGCCAGGGCACCCCGGGCGCGCCGCGCUACGCCACGCCGGAGCACCCGUUCCACUGCCCGCGGGCGCUGCAGGUGCCCAGCUACCUCAACUACAAGUUCCUGGGCGAGAAGGACUGCGCGGCGCCCUGCGAGCCGGCCCGCGGCGACGGCCACAUGUUCUUCAGCGAGGAGGAGGUGCGCUUCGCCCGGCUCUGGAUCCUGGUGUGGUCCGUGCUCUGCUGCGCCUCCACCUUCUUCACCGUCACCACCUACCUGGUGGACAUGCAGCGGUUCCGCUACCCGGAGCGGCCCAUCAUCUUCCUGUCGGGCUGCUACACCAUGGUGUCGGUGGCCUACAUCGCCGGCUUCGUGCUGCAGGAGCGCGUGGUGUGCAACGAGCGCUUCCAGGAGGACGGGUACCGCACGGUGGUGCAGGGCACCAAGAAGGAGGGCUGCACCAUCCUCUUCAUGAUGCUCUACUUCUUCAGCAUGGCCAGCUCCAUCUGGUGGGUCAUCCUCUCCCUCACCUGGUUCCUGGCCGCCGGCAUGAAGUGGGGCCACGAGGCCAUCGAGGCCAACUCGCAGUACUUCCACCUGGCCGCCUGGGCCGUGCCGGCCGUCAAGACCAUCACCAUCCUGGCCAUGGGGCAGGUGGACGGGGACCUGCUGAGCGGCGUCUGCUUCGUGGGGCUGCACAGCCUGGACCCGCUGCGCGGCUUCGUGCUGGCCCCGCUCUUCGUCUACCUCUUCAUCGGCACCUCCUUCCUGCUGGCCGGCUUCGUCUCGCUCUUCCGCAUCCGCACCAUCAUGAAGCACGGCGGCACCAAGACCGAGAAGCUGGAGCGGCUCAUGGUGCGCAUCGGCGUCUUCAGCGUCCUCUACACCGUGCCCGCCACCAUCGUCAUCGCCUGCUACUUCUACGAGCAGGCCUUCCGCGCGCACUGGGAGCGCAGCUGGGUGAGCGCGCACUGCAAGAGCCUGGCCAUCCCCUGCCCGCUGCACUACGCGCCGCGCAUGAGCCCCGACUUCACCGUCUACAUGAUCAAGUACCUCAUGACCCUCAUCGUGGGCAUCACCUCGGGCUUCUGGAUCUGGUCCGGCAAGACGCUGCACUCCUGGCGCAAGUUCUACGCGCGCCUGGCGCACAGCCGGCACGGCGAGACCACGGUGUGAGCCUGGCCGCGCUGGCGGCGGGAGCCGGGGGCCGGGGCCGGGGGCGAGGGAAGGAUUGAACACGCGCUGCUGCUGCUUUGCAGUCGCCUUUGAGUCUGAGGGUCAGUAACGGCCGAGGGGGGUUGUAAUUAGACCUGUACAUAGCGUCUGUAAAUGGAAUUAUAUAUUUCUAUUUAAAACCAGCCCGGACCCCGCGGAGAGCCAGAAACUCGGGGCUCGGCUCCGCACGGCUCGGCCCGGCCCGGCCCCUCGCUUCGGUACGAACGUGUCGGGUUUUUCCCCUUCUCGGCCUUGGCAAUAGCUCCCCUCUACAUGGAGCCAUGGAGCCGGAGUGUCUGUUUGUGUUGGCUGCGGGGGAACGUUUUCCGUUGAACUUCCAUAAGCCCGGCCAGCCCUGUGAUCGCUCCCCCCGAUGUGCGCACGGGGGCUGGCCUGUGUUAAAAAUCAAACCACAGUCUGCCUUUUUUUUUUUUAAGUACCCUUCUCCCUCCGGUGGAAGUUUACCAAGAAGCUUUUUAGCUUUUUAAAUCUGAAGAGACUUAUGAAGAGGGGCUGCCCCCCGCCCCCCCUUCUCCUGACCUGAGUGGGGUGGCCUGGCUCUGAGGAGCUGGCAAUGGUGUUUGCUAAGGCUCUUCUGCCCAACUAGAGCCUCCAGCGGAAGGCGCAUGGGAUUGAUUCACGACAAAAGCACACCCCAGUUCAGCGCUUUUCUCAACCCCCUUCUUUAAACCUUUGCCUUAAAGCUACUUUGCUGGCAUUGUACGUUUCGCUCUCCCCGAAUGCUGUGUACAGAAGCUUCUUUCUAAACGACGUGUCCUUAGUAAGCAGCCUGUUCUUUGCAAGGACAACAGAGUUUAAAAACACACACAACCCCCAAACCCUGCUUCGGAGGGGUUUUUCCUAACUCAAGAGCUGUCAUCCAAAUUGUAAAACCUUAGCAAGUGCCAGUUGAGACUUUGGUGGUGUGGUGCUCUUUCAUUCAGGUAGGCAUCACUGAAAGCAGGAAGUGGCUUGGGAAGGAUCUUUUUACUUAUUUGGGGGUGGGGGUGGGGGAAGUGGCUCUCAUUUUAAAGUUACUGCUUGUGCAAAAAAAAAAAAAAAAACCCCACCCAGAGGGUUACUGUGCCUUGUCAGUGUUUGCUGAUGUGUUCUGGAUUCCUAUAUCUGAAAACUCCUAGAAAGUUUAACAGAUUUUUCUGUGAAAUAAAGGUGAAGACUCUCUUUUGUAACUCCAUGUUUGGCAGUGAUGUGGUGGGGAAAUGCUUGUUGCAGAAUUCGUAAUCGCUCCUCUUACAACCUUUUUUUUAAUUUCCAGGAUUGGCCAAUAUGUUACAACUUUUAUUUUAAAUUGUAAAACUUUUUUUGUGUGGCUUAGUGCGCAAACCAUCAACUGCAGAGGAGGAGAUUUUAGAACUAGAUUUUAAAAACGAACAACUUUCUGCCACUGCACACUUUAAACUUUGCCCUAAUAACGACAGAGUUAAAGAGGGAAGCAGUAAAAUGAAGUUUAUAGUCCCUGCCCCCCAUUAAUGAAUGCUGGCUUCACGCCUCUUUUCACUCAUUGUAGAAUGUAUCAAUUAUCCAUUUGUAAGGUUUUUAAUUCUCUCCUUUUAUCAUAGUUAAGGGGAAGGGACUUGGAUUGAUUUCUUUGCCACCACAUCAAAUAUACUUCAGUUUGACAGUCUGCCUCUGUGUGUUGGAGAGGAAUUGGGAAGGGUGGGAAUCAGAAGACGUUCUAAUGAAUUGUACUUAAAAAAAAAAAAACAAAA